GUCAACGGCGUAGUGAUGAAACCAUGACGAAAGUAAAAGUUUAUGCAAAAGACAAACCUGUAUCACGUUCUACCACGAUGUUAAACAUGCAUAUUGUGCUGCGCGUAAUAUAAUAUUAUUUGAAGUUCCAAAUUCUUUAAUAGUUGUCAAUUAAUACCAACAUUUAAUUUUAUUCUUAUGACUUUAUUCAUGCAUGGCAUAACCAGAGAAUACAGCUGGGUGUUUACUAAAACGAUUUUAGACCAUGUACUUUUUUAUGCAUCAUCUUGUAUAAAUUCCCAUUAAAAACAAAAGACUCUGCCAACUUCUUAAUUGGCCUGGUAUGAACAUAACCGUAAUGAGAAGAUGUAUUUCAACACUGCCGGCACAUAAACUUGCAUACGGACAGUACCGGCGUUUAUGGUGGAUGAGCGGCCAUCCAUCGCAUUGACUUAGGGGAAGGUGACGUUACUUAGGCGGGGGGCCGGGCUUGGUCAGCAUCAACAUUUCCCAAAGCGAGUGAGAAGAUGCCCAGUGGCUGGUGGCUGCAGUGAGACAUGCUGGAGGAGGACGACAUCGCUGGCGGCGCCAGUGACCGCGCCUUGAGAGCAGAGCUGGAGCGGCUGAGCCUGGAGCUGCAGGAGGCCAACGAGGAGAAGCUUCAGGCAGCCCGGUAUGGCCUGGCUGUCCUGGAGGAGAGCGCCGCCCUGAGGAGCAGGCACAGCCAGCUGGAGGAGGAGCACGAGGUCCUCCGGCGGGAAGUGCAGCAGCUCAGAGAGGCGCUGGCGGACUCCGUGAGCAGCCAUAAGCGAGCAGCGGCUGACGGGGAGAGCCGCGAGGAGAGCUUGCUUGAGGAGACGGCCAACAAGGAGGCGGCCAUGGCACUUCGCUUGGAGGAGCUGAAGGCCGAAUUGCAGCAGAACCAUGUGACGCUGACUAAUGUUCACGCCGAGAACGACAGGUUGGGGGCGCUCUCCAGCCAGCUGAAGAAGGAGUGCGAGCACCUGGAGGAGGAGAAGGACCAUCUGUGUAGUGAGGUGAAGGAGUACAAGCUACGGGAGGUGAGACUGCUGCAGGACAACGGCGAGCUGGAGGAAGAGAACAUCUUGCUGCAGAAGCAGGUCUCCAUGUUGAGGGAGAACCAGGUGGAAUUUGAGGCCCUGAAGCUGGAGCUGGUCCACAAGCAGGAGAAGCAGGACAUGCUAAGGGCCCAACUGGAGGAGGCGGCACGGUUGAAGGAGAUCACGGAGCGCCAGCUGGAUGAGGCGCUGGAGGCCCUGAAGGAGGAGCGAGAGGAGAAGAAUAGUCUGCGUAGGGAGAUCUCCAGCCUGGCGUUCCAGCACUGCAGCGUCUCCAGUACGUUGGAGCUGCAUCCGGACCGGUUGGGGGACUCCCCAAACAGUGGGGAGCAGGAAGACCAGGACAGUGGUUACAACAAUGGCCAAGGCUCUGUGGGUCCAGUCUGCCGUGGCUCCCACCUCGCACCAGCCCCGGGCCUGGUGUCUGACCUGCUAAGCGAGCUGCACCACUCGGAGAGCCAAGACCUUAAACAGCAACUGUUGCAGGCUGAAAGGGAGAACUCGGCCUUGUCCAGCACCGUGCAGGACCUGCAGAGGCAGCUGACCCUUUCCCAAGAGGUCUUCACUGAGCAGCAGGGCAGGAUGGAGGCGCUGACCCAGAGCCUAGAAGUCCUGCAGAAGGGCGUCAGCCGGGAGCCGGUCCUGUCUGUGGAGAGUCGGGGCGGGAACCACCAUGGCAACGAGGAGGUGCCACAGCUGCGGGAGGAGCUGAGGGAGACGAGGGCACUGCAUGAAGCACUGGAGGGCCGCUACCGCAACGAGAAGGAGCGGUGGAGAGGCGAGGCACAAGAGCUGGCCGAGAAGAUCCGCAGGUGCAUCCGGGCCAGCCGGCUGGACCAGCAGCGCAUCCUGGAGCUAGAGACGGAGAUUGCCGCCACCCGGAAGGUGGCCAUGGACUCUGAGGGCCACCUCGCUGUGGCCCGGGAGGAACUACUGGCCUUAUCAGAGGAGCUGGCCAACCUCUAUCACCAUGUUUGUGCCUGCAACAACCUCACACCCAACCGUGUCACACUGGACUAUUACCGUGAGGGUGUUCGGCAGCGUCGGCCACACCACCAUGGCCCCCUGGGCAAGACCCACCCCGCAGACCCCUCCGCCGGCACUGGGGACUCCUCAGCCAGCUGCCCAGGUUCCCCCACGAUGGACGUUCUUGAUUCGAGUAACGUGUGCAGUCUGGUGGUGCUGAUUCGCCGCCAGAUGAGAUACCUCCAGGCCACCAUUGAGCUGUGCCAACAGCGGGGAACAUUGACCUCCCCGUGGUCCCACGUGUCCUUUGAAAUGGAGCGGGAUGCGGGGGGCUUCCUAGAGGAAAUCCUGAAGCUCAAAUCCAUGCUCAGCACCAAAAGGGAGCAGAUUGCAACCCUCAGGACCAUCCUGAAGGCCAACAAACAGACGGCAGAGGUGGCCUUGGCAAACUUGAAGACUAAAUACGAAGCGGAGAAGAGCUUGGUGUCGGAGACCAUGCUGAAGCUGAGGAACGAGCUGAAGGCCCUCAAGGAGGACGCAGCCACCUUCUCGUCGCUCCGCGUCAUGUUUACCAGCAGAUGUGACCAGUAUGUGACCCAGCUGGACACUAUGCAGAAACGGCUGGCUGCUGCUGAGGACGAGAAGAAGACCCUGAACUCGCUGCUCCGCAUGGCCAUCCAGCAGAAGUUGGUGCUGACUCAGAGGCUGGAGGACCUGGAGAUGCCCGACAAUUCCCUCAGCAGUAGCGGCAGCCCCCGCCACUCCCGGGAUAAGCUGUGUGCCCUCAGGUCUGGCCGGGCCUCUAGAAGCCCAUGUGAAAGCCCUGGUCGGCCCCCAAGGAAAAGCCCUCUCUCCAGUCCAGCCAGGACAGCUAGUGCCCCGCCCAUUGGCCCAUGCAGCACCAGUCACACUCGGACACUCUCCCGGUGUCUACAUUCCAGCCCGAGAUAGAACCAAGCCUCAACUGUAAUUCAAGCUCCCUACAACAUCUCUGAUCUUUCUGCUCAAGUAAUUGCCGACUUCCAUGGAUUUGUCCAUACUGACUCCAAGACUGAAGGUGUCCUUCUCCUCACAGUUGUGGUGGUUCUUACCCCUUAAGCCACUUUGUGCAAGAUGUAGUUUUUUUUUUUCCCCUAGUAUUUGCUCAGGUGUUGCACCCCAGGCAAAAAAAUGUUAACAGGUACGUUCUGAAAACUUCUACAUUCAAGUUCUAAUGGUUUGUCCCUCUACAUUGUCAAACAACCAGCCUCUUCAGCCAGCUCUAUGAAUUCCAGCUCAGGCUAGAUUCUGACAGGGAAAAAUUCUUCCAUAUAUUUCCAGGGUUCUUUAUCCAACGGGUUUGUCCUGCCAUUUCGCUGUGAAGGUGCCUUAGAAGUGGCUUCUGUAUCAUGAGAUGCAUUGGAAGUAUUGACUGCAUAUGACGUUUUGCAUCACUACUGCUGAUGCCUACUUACACAUCUGGUCUGUUCUGGACCUGAACGUUUACCGGAUCCCUCACUAAAGAAUAACAGCUUAGAUCUUCUACCAUCCCCGUAAUCUACCUGUUCCUACCUCGUCCCUACAGGUUUCAUUUAGUGAGUGCUGACUACUGUUUUUCUGAAUAAAAUGCAUUGUACAGGCAAGCUUUUCCACAAAAAAAAAGCACAAUAUUUUUGCUUGCCUUGACUGACAUUUUGCACUUCUCGUGUUUAGCUUUUUUAGCUUGUUCCUGCAGUUUGCCCUUUAGAUACUACUAAGAGCGAAAAUGCCACUGAGCAACUUGGAACUGAAGUUCUGAGGGCCAGUAAACCCCCCCCCCCCCCCCCCCCGUGCAGAUUGUAAGAGGAAUAGUUGGGAUUCUGCAACUUUAAGACGAUAUCCCGUUGGAAGCCUCAUGAAAAGUGAGAGCUGUGGGCCAAAUGAGAUGCAGGGUAAGUAAGUUGUGCCCAGAGCAACAUUUUGGAGAUGCUGGUUGUGAUGGUUGCAGAUUUGAGUUUGUGAUAGUUCUGGGUCAGAAUACAUCAGGCCUCUGUCUUUACCAGAAACGUGCCUUACGUUGUCUCUUAAACAGAAGCACUCUUUCAUAAACUGAAAUCAGUUUGUACACAUGGCUCUCUGAGCAUAUUUAUACAUGCUGUCGGGCUUCUGAGGUCUUUGGUUUUAGUCACUCCAGCUGCCAGCCCAUUCGGUGUUUUAGUCAUUCCCAGUUCUCCCAGUGGCAGUGCUGCACCAUCUGAGGUGCUUCCCAACGCUCUCACUUUUCAUAGUUUUAUUAAAUGUUCUUAAAUUUGUUUAAUAUAUGAAUAGGAUUUACUGACCCGAUUUAUUAGACUUUAUAUACUCGUUCAUGCAGAACAUUUUAACUCAGGAUGGAAAUUGGAGAAACGCAACCUGAAUUGCAGAAAGCUCCGAGGACCAUUUUGCUAUUUUAAAAAGGGUUAAACCUCAAGAUCCAAGAUUGUUUGUUUGUUUGUUUGUUUGUUUUGGUUCCUGAUUGACUGACAACCCCAGCGAACCACUGACAAGCCUGUUUACCAGUACAACUGUAUGUUGAUAAUAAAGCACUUUGCGAAUCA